AUGGGGUUCUAUGCCACUGUGAUCGCCAAUCUGCUGAUCCCAGUGGGCAUCCUGGUCUUUUCCUCGGGCUUCUUCCCAUAUAAGCCACUGAUCCCGGGACUGGCAACCUUGGAGACGGACGAUGCAGCUCCUGCGAUCUUCGACAAGGUCAUUUUUAUGGUGGUGGAUGCACUACGAAGCGAUUUUGUAUAUUCGAAUGAAUCAGGGUUCCAGUUUACGCAAAGUCUGAUUCGUUCCGGUGCAGCAUUGCCGUUCACGGCAUAUGCAGGUUCUCCAACCGUCACAAUGCCUCGAUUGAAAGCGAUCACCACCGGGUCCGUCCCAUCUUUCUUAGACGUGAUUCUGAACAUUGCGGAAUCAGACACUUCGUCCACAUUGGCAUACCAAGACACAUGGCUGGCCCAGUUAAAAGCAACCGGGGGACGACUUGUCAUGUAUGGGGACGAUACUUGGCUGAAGCUAUUCCCAGGGAUGUUUGAUCGCGCCGAUGGAACUACCAGCUUUUUCGUGUCGGACUUUACGGAAGUAGAUCAGAAUGUGACUCGACACGUCUCAGAUGAGCUUGCCCAGGACGAUUGGUCUGCUUUUAUUAUGCAUUACCUGGGGCUCGAUCACAUUGGACACAAAGCUGGUCCCAAAAGUCCCUUCAUGGUACCCAAGCAGCAUGAGAUGGAUGAUGUGGUGAAUGAAAUCUACACUGCCUUGCAACGGGAACAACACCUCCAGUCCACACUUUUCGUCCUAUGUGGAGACCAUGGCAUGAAUGAAGCCGGGAAUCACGGCGGGUCUUCCACUGGCGAGACAUCGCCUGCAUUGCUUUUCAUGUCGCCCAAAUUUGAAACACUCGGCGGCCGAGAAAGCCCCGUGGAGCCAUCGGGGGACAUGGCAUACUAUAAAACAGUUGAGCAAGCUGACAUUGCCCCUACGCUAGCAGGACUCCUAGGUGUUCCAAUUCCCCUGAACAGUCUAGGUGUAUUCAUCCCGGAUUUCUUAGGAAUGUGGAAUCAGAGUAUGUAUUGGUCGCUGAAAGGACACUCUGGGCUCGGACUGACGUUGGCGAUAGGUUCUCAUCAAAUUCGCAUCCAAUAUCAAAAUGCGAAACAGUUGCUGAAUACACUAACGACCACAUUCCCGGGCUCUUCAUUCGAUCCUGCAAGUAUAGCACCCUGUGAAUCUGGGGCUGCAUCUGGAAUUGAAGAUGCCCAAUGUGCAUGGGCUCGGGUCCAACACAUUCUCGCCGAUGGUCCUGAAACGUAUCCCCAUCCAGCAGCCGGUCCAGCCUUGGCGCAGUUCUCGAAGACUGCGCAGGAUGUGAUGAGCCGCACUGCGAGUAAUUACGAUGUAUCCAGACUGGGCUUGGGGCUCUUGAUCACCGCACUGGCAGCCUUGUUUGUCCUUCCAACCACCGUCAGGGAGUGCACCCGGCGAGGCCCACCGGGGCUCUUCUUGACGAUGAUGGUCAUAGCCUAUGGGAUCAUGAUGUUCGCAAGCAGCUAUGUGGAAGAAGAGCAACAGUUUUGGUAUUGGAUUUGUUCCGGAUGGGUCUUCUACCUGUACAUCAAAUCACAAUCUGCCAGACCAGGGCGCACCCGCUCAGACUUCAUGUCGUGGUCAGGACCAUGCUCCAUCCUGCUUCUCGCCAUCUGCCAACGACUAUUGCGACGAUGGAACCAGACAGGACAGAAAUUCGCCGCAGAGCCUGAUAUUGCUCAUACCUUCUUUGGGCGUCACCUGGAAAUCUUCUGGGCCCUCCUUGCUCUCACAUAUCUAGACGCCGGUCAUGGAAUUGUCCGCAAGACGCGCCUCCCAGGGCUCUACAAACUAGGCGCGCUCGUCCCCGCUGUCUUGGCGUUCACUUUCAAGGUGCAUUUUGUUGCAUCAGAAUCCCCCGAACUUUUGGACGGGACGUUCAUCUCCCAUAUUGCCAAGGAAUGGCCUUACACUAUGUCCCUGGUCCUUCAUGCUAGACUCGUGUUUUAUGGACUUGCCAUCGUUACUGUGCCAACACUGUUGGGCAGCAAAUUCUGUAGCUCUGUUCAAGGUAGGCUUUCUUUAUUGAAAUACCAUCUCCUGCCCUGGAGUGCAUGGCUGAUCACAGAUACAGCACCGCACGAAAGCAUCCAUGCAGCCUUACAUGUCUUCCUCAUGACACAGUCUCGUGCCACGAAUAUCCCACUCUUCCUUCUCUUCCGAGUCACUGCCCGGAUUCUCUCUUCCAUGGACUUGACCGGGAUUGAAGUUACCAUAACCACGAUGAUCUUCCAAUACAUGUCCUUUUUCGCCUUUGGUGGCUCAAACGCCAUCUCCUCCGUGGAUCUGGCCAGUGCCUAUAAUGGCGUCGGGAGCUACAACGUUGGGUUGGUCGGUGUUUUGACCUUUGUGAGUAACUGGGCGGGCCCUAUCUGGUGGGCCUCGCAGAGCCACCGCUUGCGGCCUCGGGGUAUCCACGACGCCUCCGCCUUGUUGACUUUCCAUGUUGCCAUGUCCACGGUCUCUGUCAUGGCCGCCUGCACUGCGCUCCGAACUCAUCUGUUCAUCUGGACGGUCUUUUCACCGAAAUAUCUCUACAGUAUGGCGUGGGCAAUUCCCAACCAUGUUGCUGUCAACUUACUGGCCGAGGUCGUGUUCUCUCAAGGUCAAGCUUCAUAA